UGCAACAGGGGAAUUGAACCCAAAUUCAUCAAUAACCUUAUUCUCUUCCCAUGCAUGCCACUGUGCAGUGCCACAAUAUAAUAAUCUGAUUGAUGGAAAUGGAGAGACGAAAGGGGAUCAUAGCCGUCCCAUUUCCCAUCCAAGGACACAUCAACCCCAUGCUUCGCUUUUGUUCUUCCUUAGCUGCUGCCACCGCCGGCCGCGGCGGUGCCGCCUCCAUUAACGUCACCCUAGUCCUCACCCACGGCGUCGCAAAAUCCGUGCAAUCACUGUCCCUUCCCCCGUUCAUUCACGCCUUCGAGUUCGUCUCCGACGGCAACGACGAUGGCCCGCCGAGCACAUUCCAGGAAUACCGCUCCCGCCUGGAGGCCUCCGUAUCGGAGGGGGUCGCCGCCGUGAUCGGGAGGCGAAAGAGCGCCGCCGAGCUUCUCUUGUACGAUUCGAUGAUGCCGUGGCUGGCGGAGAUCGGAAGGGCGGGUGGGCUGCGCGUGGCGGCUCUGUUCACCCAAUCUGCUUCCGUUUGCGCGGUCUAUUACCGCAUGCUUCGCGGCGGUUCCGAUCUGGCGUGUUUGCCGGAUUCACGCGGACUGCCGGAGUUUUCAUAUUUCGGCGACAUUUCAGAAGAAGUGAAAAGAUUUAUUGUGAAUCAGGCGUCAAACAUGUCCGUGGCUGACUGCCUUCUGUUCAACACAUUUAACGACUUGGAGGAAGAGGCGGUGAGAUGGAUGUCGGAAAAAUGGGCGGUGAAGACAAUAGGGCCGUUGGUUCCAAGAAAAACACAAAGGACGACACCAUUCUUCAAGCAAGAAAAGAUUGAGCUAUACGAGUCAGACGACGAGGGGUGCAUGGCAUGGCUGGACAAGCAGCGACCCAACUCCGUCGUCUACGUGUCCUUCGGGACAGUCGUGGCCUGGCCCGAAGAACAGAUGCUGGAAAUAGCAACGGCCCUCGUCCAAUCAGACAAACCCUUCCUAUGGGCACUCAGAGAGUCCGAGAGGCCCAAACUCCCCAAAGGGCUUUUGGACCCAGACAAAAAGGGACUGCUCGUGAGGUGGUGUCCUCAGGCUGAGGUCCUGUCCCACGAGUCGGUCGCGUGCUUCGUGACGCACUGCGGGUGGAACUCCGUGCUGGAAGCCGUGUGCUCGGGCGUGCCCGUGGUCGGGAUGCCCCAGAUCGUCGACCAGCCCGCCAACGCCAGACUCGUGGAGGAUGUCUGGCGGGUUGGGGUGCGAGUUAAGGUUGAGGAGAAUGGGAUUGUGAGGAGGGAAGAAAUUAAAGGGUGUGUUGCGCGGGUGACGGGGGGAGACGAGUUUCGAAGGAAUGCGAUGAAAUGGAAAGGGCUGGCGGAAGGGGCUUUGGCGGAAGGGGGAAGUUCUCACGCUAAUAUCAGAGAUUUCGUCUCACAAUUGGAUUCUCAUUCUUGUUCUGGCUCUAGCUAAUUCAUAACGACUACCAUUGUUCUUAACUGAUUGCUACAAGAGUUGCAAAAUUAACGACUUAUUGAACAUGUACUCCGUAGUACUUGAAUUGGCUAAUUAAACACAAAAGAUACUGUUAGACAAUAAUACUAAUAGUACUUC